UACACGGGGACAGGAGGCGGCUUUGCCCUUGCGUGGGAAAUUAAUGCCAUUUGGUUUUAUUAAAUGGUUAUUAGGCCUCUGAUUUAGGUCGACUUUUUUCUGCGUUGCCAUGUCUCUUGCUGCUGAGGCUUUCGUCUCUCAGAUUGCAGCUGCUGAGCCAUGGCCUGAAAAUGCCACUCUGUACCAGCCUCUUAAGGAGGAUCAAAUCCUGCUGUCAGAUUCUGCAUCCUCUCUGGCAGUUCAGACAUUCCUAAGGAUGUGCGGUCUGCCAGUGCAGGUGUCAUGCCGAUCUAAUGCUGAAUAUAUGUCACCAUCAGGCAAGGUUCCUUUUAUCCAUGUUGGUAAUCAAGUUGUGUCAGAAUUGGGGCAGAUUGUGCAGUUCACAAAGGCAAAGGGUCAUUCUCUGAGUGACGGGUUGGAUGAUGUUCAGAGAGCUGAGAUGAAGGCUUACAUGGAAUUGGUCAAUAACAUGCUUCUGACUGCAGAGUUGUAUAUCCAGUGGUGUGAUGAUUAUACUGCUACAGAGAUUUCUAGGCCACGAUACAGUAGUCCAUACUCAUGGCCCCUCAAUCACAUUCUGGCCUAUCAGAAGCAGUGGGAGGUCCGGAGGAAGAUGAAAGCCAUUGGAUGGUCGGGAAAGAAUCUGGAGCAGGUGUAUGAAGAUGUGAGUCAGUGUUGUCAGGCCUUAUCACAACGACUUGGAACUCAGCCCUACUUUUUCAACAAGCAGCCGACUGAACUGGAUUCUCUGGUGUUCGGUCAUCUCUUCACCAUACUCACUACGCAGCUUACCAAUGACGAGCUCGCUGAAAAGGUUAAAGCCUACACCAACCUGCUAUCUUUCUGCCAUCGUAUUGAACAGACUUAUUUUAAGGAGCAUGACCGAGAGAGCCAGUCAGGGUCCUCGCGCCAUUCCAAAGGCUCACUUCCAUGAGUACCGCCUCUCGCCCACCUUUAAUCCCUCCUCUGAUCUGAAGUAAUGAAAUAAUUGACAGCUUAAAUAUCCUAUGUGGAUCAAAAUACUUGAUUUUGUAGUAAACCAGUUCUGUUGAGGUUAAAACAUCUUUAUAAAUCAAUUGGAGGGAGAAAUGGGCAUUAAAUAAAGGUUUGUGAAUAUUCAAAGUGUUUCCAGUUACCUCUUCACCUUGUUGGAAUGCUAUAACAGGAGUUUGCCUGCUGGAAUAGAAGUAAAUUGAUGUAUAAGAAUUCAGUUGAUGUAAACUUUUCCACUGUGUGAUUAUCUGAUUUAAUCUGUAAAUGGAAAGUGCCUACAAAGUAUAAUAAAUUCUAAGAUGGA